CCCUGUGAUGACCUGGCGACUUGUCCAGGGUGUACCCCGCCUUUCGCCCGUAGUCAGCUGGGAUAGGCUCCAGUUUGCCUGCGACCCUGUAGAACAGGAUAAAGCGGCUAGAGAUAAUGAGAUGAGAUGAGAUGUUUCAUAUCCAUCAACAAGUUUCUGGCAGAAUUGUUGCUUUCUGGAAUUCUGGUAGAGUUGAAUUAAAUUUGUCUGUUUCCUGGCAUGGACCCAACUUUUAAGCAUAGUCCACAUAUUUUCGAUAGGGUUGAGUUAACUACAUAAAUUAGAACUAGACUUGGAAAACUAGAAAGACAAGGAACUGCAACUGAACACACUAACAUUGUUGAGAAGUGCACUGACGGUGACAGUAGGGUUUUAUACAUGUACAUGAGUCAUAAGGCAGGACUUUACAAAACAAGACCAACAUGAUACAAGCUGAACACAAGAGAUAGGUGUUAAUAUUCAUCAAGUCAUGCGAUGUACAGAGCAAAAGCUAAAGAAAUCAGGAAGGAUUGGUAAGGCUCACGCAUCACACCACCUUGAUGUUGAAGCACAAACUCUUCCUGCUGCGGCAUGGCGAAGGAGCGUGGAACAAAGAGAACCGCUUCUGCAGCUGGGUUGACCAGAAACUGAGUGAGAAUGGAGUCCUAGAGGCUCAGGAGUGCGGCCAGAUGCUGAAGCAGCACGGCUACAAGUUUGACCGUGUUUUCACCUCGAUCCUCAGCCGCUCCAUUCAGACAGCGUGGCUCGUGCUGGAGGCCAUGGGCCAAGAGUGGGUGCCCAUCACAAAGUCAUGGCGGCUGAACGAACGCCACUACGGCACUCUGAUUGGCCUGAACCGGGCUGAGAUGGCACUGAAACAUGGUGAGGAGCAGGUAAAGCUGUGGAGGCGGGGUUAUGACAUCACUCCACCCCCCAUCAAUGAGUCCCAUCCCUACUUUGCGGAGAUCUACAAUGACCGGCGGUACAACACAUGUGACGUGCCCAAAGAGGAGUUGCCCAAAACAGAGAGCCUGAAGGAGGUGCUGGACAGACUCCUGCCUUACUGGAAUGAUGUCAUCGUUCCUGAAAUUAAGAGUUGCCGAACUGUCCUCAUUUCAGCUCAUGGAAACAGCUGCAGAGCAUUGCUCAAGCAUCUAGAAGGUAUAUCUGAUACCGACAUUGCGGAUGUUACUCUACCCACCGGAGUACCAGUUCUGCUGGAGCUGGAUGAAAAUCUCCGGCCAGUGAAGCCUCGAGAGCUGCUGGGAGAUCAGGCCAAGAUUCAGGCAGCCAUCAAAAAGGUGGAGGAUCAGGGAAAAGUUGCUGGGGGAAAUAAAUAAAAAAAAGUUGGUGGUUUUUAAAAUUUAAUAUGGCGAUACAUUUGAGAGAAAUGCCGUCAUAGCAAGUUCUUAUUUAUAAUGAUGCACUGAACAGGAGAAUAGUUACACUCUAUUGUACACUUUUGUCUGUAUAGUUACUGGUUUUAGAUUUGGUUUUUGAUGAUCAACAGCUGUUUCAAACAGGCUGAUAAAAACAGGCACUUGUUUACUUGGACAGGACAAAUAGGCUGAUGUUAUUUUUCGUUUUGGGUAAACUAUUAAGAGAAAAGUGAAUUAUGGUGGAUUUAUAUACUGUAUAGAUAUAGUAAUAAGCCUGUGCUUA